GAGUGACGCUGUGACAAGUGAUUUGACAGUUUUGCAACCGGCUCGACCUUAACCUCAAAUCUGAGGGCUCUUUUGGCUAUAUUUUCCAUCGCUGGGACGGGAUUGCGGAAAAGAUGAGUGAUUAUCCGACCAAGGAAGAGCGGAAAGUGUGCUGGGGCAGCAAGGAUCGAUACUGGGAGUGCCUGGACAAGUAUGCACCCGGACACAACUCCACCAGUGACGAUCCUGAGCCUCAGGCGUGCAUUGAGCUGAGGAAGUUGUACGUGAAGAGCUGCCCGGCUCAGUGGGUGGUGCACUUCGACCGGAAGAGGACCUACGAGAAGUUCAAGAGGCGCAUGGAGAAGGGCUACGAACCACUGGACAAUCCAUCGGUGAAAGGAUAGUGAAACAUAGGCCAAAAUUCUGUACAGACAUUUGAAUCAUAGAAUAAAUUAUAAGUAACACG